AUGGCGGCUGCUGAAAGGGAGGCUGUAGCUGCGAAGGAAAGCAUCAACAAAGAGACAGCGCCGUCGUAUGGCGCCUGUGCAGAGGUGCCCGUGAUGGAGGAGUGGGGAGACCCUUCGACUCUGCUCAUCCUCAUCUGGUCGGCACUGGGCCAGAUCCUGGCGCCCAUGGCUCUGGUAGUCUCCUACAACAACCCACGGCUCUUCAGCAGCACGCCUCAGGAGAAGGGCCUGGAAAGUGGCUUCAUGAUGCAUUGCGAGGGCCACUCCUUUCAAGUGAAGAGCGCUUGCGACUGGACGACCCCGGCGGUGCGGAUCUUCCCUGUUCUGGGCCUCUCUUUGCCAGUGCUGCUGGCUUUGUGGAAGAUGUUGCACAUGAGGGCGUACUACGUCCUGAUGAGAAACCGCAUCAUGAUCAGUUUCCGCGAAGGGCGGCGCCUGGGCUUCAAGUGCGGCAUGGGCCUCUCUGUAAUCUUCCUCCAUGCCCUCGCCCAUUUUGGCCUCAUGGUAGUAUUUGGGAAGCCCUGCGACGACGAGUCGUGCCAAGGGAAGCACAUCCUCAACACCAGCUGGAAGGAUCUGCUCUACGACCCAAGUUCUCUGGAGAAAGACCGCACCUUUAUCUUGGAAGCCACCAAGCUCGCGGUGCAGUACAUCGUUCCAGGCACACUGAGUUUGGUCUUCCUUUUCUCGAUGGAUGACUUCGUAGCUGAGCUUGUGCCCAUGGGUCUCUUCUUUGCCAGCAAGCCCUGCGCGCGGUACCGGGAGCUGGAGAAGUAUCUACACGUCAAGGAGGACGUCAUGAGAUCUGCUGUCAGGCAAAUCAUGGAUCGGCGCUUGGAUGCCUGCCGCUUCGAGGAGGUCUGCGUCCAGCUGCGGAGCAUCCUCCAGGAGCGCCACUGCCGGCAGCUGGGCGACAUAGAUGAAGAUGAUGAGCCACCAAUUGCCGAGGCGCCGGGGUCCUUCCUUACGGGUCUGCGCGAGCUCGUCUUUCUGGAGUGGUGGCCCAUUCAGAUGCUCAUCGAUAUGCCCCUUGUGGACGAGCACAGCUACGUUUUCAACGUCUUCAUGAUCGCCCACCUCCUCGCAACGAACAUCAUCCUCGGUUUCAGCACCUUCGUGAUCAUCCGACGAGUGAUGAUAAUGCUGGAGGAAGAUCUGGCUGCGAAGGACGGAGGCUUCACCCUUACCUUCUCCACGAUCUACCCCUUGGUGUGGUACCUCCUCUUGGGCUCCGUCUUGGUGGUGAACCUGUUCCGGACGGCGUCGCUGAUGGCUCAAGUCUGCAGAAGAGGGCUUUCCGGCAGGCCGGCGCCGAAAGAGCCCACGGGGACCCCGGAGACGGACGCCGCGUAA